AUGAACCCUCCGCUCGAGAUCGGCAUCGUGGGUGAGGAGAAGCCCGUAACCGGAAGCUGUCGGCUUCCCGACGACUUGCACGAAGAGAUCCUGUCCUACCUCCCCGCGAAGACAUUCUUCAGACUCCAACCUGUCUGUAAGUCCUUCCACGAGCUCUCGGAAAAGUCUGAUUUCCUCCAUUCACAAUCAGAUCUCUGCAAAGCCGUCUCCGGAUUCUUCGUCAAGAUCCGCAAUGCCUUCAAUUCCUUUCUCCUCGUUGACCCCUACGCCGGCGUGCCAAGAACCUUUGGCAAAUUCUUGAGCAAGAACAACGGCUUCAUCCUUGGGUCAGCUGACGGCCUUGUCUUCGUCAUGCACGACAACCGCCGGGCGGCCACCCGUAGCUUAUAUGUCUACAACCCGGCUCGUAGGACUCGGUGUCAUCUACGCGCACCUUCGGACUUGUGUCCGGGGGGUGGCAUCGCGGUGAACUUCAUGAACGAUGGGGACAUGACGAAAGACUACAAGCUGGUGUACCUCUCAUCAACCUGGGUGUGGUACUCGUUGCGCCGCUGCCAGGUCUACGACUCGGUGGCCAAGAAGUGGACGAUGGACAAGCGUCUCGACUUUGGAGGGGGCGCAAUAGAUUUGGAUCACCCGGUGGUCCACGACGAGACCAUAUUCUGGGUGUCGGCGCGGGAAACGUGCAGGAUGAUUAAUGCGUACGUCGUCGCCUUCGACCUGAGGACUGAGUGCACGCAGAUCAUCCGACCGCCGGAAAGAAUGAACAUCGAUCCCUCCGACACCAUUGGGAUCGGCAAGUGGGAGGGAAAGUCGGUUUGCCUGAUUCAUUACCGUCUGUCUUCUCGGGUGUUCGCUCUAGAGCUGCUGGAGAAGAGUAACAACGGUGGGAUACGCUGGGUGACGGCGCAUGAGAUAAGCUCGGACCGGAUGGGGUUCAAGAAACCACUCAACGUGCUGUCCACCAUGCUGUGUGAGGUGGCGACGACUACGCUACUUGUUUUCGCCACACAUGAAGAUGCAUACACCUACAGUAUAAGGGAUGGAGAACUCAAGAAGCUGUCGUACCACAACAAUGUCAUCUCCGGCUUCUUUCCUCACGACCGCGACUUUUCUGGACCCUUCUUCCUCGUUGACCCCUACGCCGGUGUGCCCAGAAGCCGCCUCGAAUUCUUGUUCCGCAAAGGCAAAAUCGUUGGGUCAGCUGGUGGCCUCGUCUUUGUGUUGCAUAGGAAAGAUGGUGCGUUAUGCGUCUACAACCCGGCCCGUGGUACUCGGUGCCAGCUACCCUCCCCGCCGAGCAAGUAUUGUACAUGGGGUGGCAUCGCGGUGAGAUUCAUGAACGAUGGAGAUGGGGUGACGAAAAGCUACAG